AUGGAAGCAGAGUAUUUAAAAGUCAAAGGACAAGCUUGUAUCGGCGCCAGUGUUUACUAUUCCCGAUGGUUUGGAAGAACAAGAAUUAAGACCGUCCAAGACCGUCAAAAGAGCUAUAUUGACAAAAGGAGAAAAUUGACUUUUGAGGUUGGAGAGAAAGCAUUUCUCAAAGUGGCACCAAUGAAAGGAAUACUACGAUUUGGAAAGAAAGGAAAAUUGAGUCGAAGAUUUAUUAAUCCAUUUGAGAUUCUUGAAAAAAUUGGUAAUGUGGCAUAUCGUUUAGCAUUGCCACCCGAACUAUCAAUAGUGCACAACGUAUUUCACGUUUCUAUGUUGAGAAAGUACAUUCCAAAUCCUAACCAUGUUGUGAAUGUUCGAUCACUGGAUGUCCAGAGUGAUAUGACAUACAAAGAAGCUCCUGCAGUAAUUUUGGAGAGAAAGGACCAUGUUCUGAGGAAUUGA